AUGUCAUCCUAUGGACGGCCGUCAGAUUUCAGUAUGAGUAUGCGCCCCUCGUCUACCGAGACGAUGGAGUUGAGGGAGCAGGUCAAGAACUUAGAGAAACAGCUCUUGGAUCGGGACAAGCAACUGGAAGAACAGUCUAAAAUCCUGAACGACUUCCAAAAGACAAUGGAAGAAAUAGAGGGGGAAGAUAACUUCAACAUCCGGACUCAGCUGCGCGAAAGGAACGAAAGGAUCAAUCAGCUCACGGCGGAGUUUGACGGCCACCGAGCGGACUUUCGCAGCACACUGGACACUUUGGAGAUUGCUGCUUCGGAAACAGAGCGAGUCUACGAGCAGCGCCUUGACGAGCUGAUGCAACAAAAUAAGGAAUUGCAGGAUCGCGGCGAGGAUGUUGAGAUCGUCGCUCAACAACUGAAACAACUAGAGGAGUUGGUGUCGGAGCUGGAGGAAGGGCUCGAAGACGCUCGACGAGGAGAAGCGGAAGCCCGUGCGGAGGUCGAAUUCCUCCGCGGGGAGGUGGAACGAACCAAGUUGGAAUUGAAAAAGGAACGUGAUAUUUCGGCAGCCGCACUCAAAGAUGCGCAAGGUGGCGAGGGUCCCAAGGCAACCCAGGACCUGGACCAAAAGGAUGACGAGAUCCGAGGCCUAAAGGCUAUUAUCCAUUCGUUGAGCCGGGGGAAUCCCAAUGCGGCGAGUCUGGUUGAGAAGGGAUCGACAGCUGGUGAACAGGGUGAGCAUGUCGUGCAACUAGAACAACGGCUUCAAGAGGCUGAGACCAACACAGAGCGGAAAGAUGCCCGAAUCGAGGAACUAGAGCGCGAGCUUCAAGAUUUGCGGGUGGCUUCAGGCAGUGGAAACCGAGACCGCAGUUCGACUGUGACCCUGUCCCAGCCCAAGCAGCACAAGCCCUCCGGCUCCCAGGGGAACACGGUUGCUCAUCAGGCCAACCACAUCCAUCGCCUCUCUGAUCGAACAGUCGUCCCGAAUGACUGGCAUGAUGCGCCAUCAGAACCUCGUCAGCACAGCCGUGGCCUAUCCAAUUCAUCCCAGCGACGGCUAGAGCCUAUGCCUGAGUCGGAGCGCUCUUCGGACGAUGACGCCCUGUGGUGUGAGAUCUGUGAGACUGGUGGUCAUGAUAUCCUGAACUGCACCAGCAUGUUUGGUUCUGGUAAGCCAGCGUCGAAGCCCACCGAUGCCGAUAAGCCAGCCAAACAGCCAACCGCCCCAGCCGCCCCGGAAGCUGACGAGAGUCACUCGGAGAGUGGACAGAAGACGGGCCGAGAUGUUGUUCUUGAGGGCCUCAAGGGAAUUGGCGGCCUGGGAUCCUCCAUGGACCCCGUCGCUGGCAAGGCCUCCGGAGUGAUUGAUGAUUCCAAGUGGUGCGCUCUUUGCGAGCGAGAUGGCCACGAGAGCAUCGACUGCCCUUUUGAUGAAUAA